AUGGCAACUGUCCCAAGGCGCAAGUGGUGGAAGCUUCAGUGGUACUCCGACGACGACACACCUGAGGAGCGACGUUUGAUCGUGAAGCUCGACCUCAUCAUCGUACCUUAUGCUGUGCUGGCAUACUGGGUCAAGUACAUUGAUCAAUCCAACCUCAACAAUGCUUACGUUGCCGGACUCAAGGAAGACCUCGGCUUCAAGGGCAACCAGCUUGUCCAGCUGCAGACCUUCUACGUCGUCGGCGCCGUUGUUGGCCAGAUCCCUUUCAUGUUCCUGUUCACUUACAUUCCCAUGUACUGGACCAUUCCGUUCCUCGACAUUGCUUGGGGUAUCAUAACGCUGCUGCAAUACCGAACACAGUCCUUCGCGGAGCUUGCUGCUUAUCGGUUCUUGGUUGGUUGGUUCGAGGCGGCAUUCUUCCCGGCGAUGCAUUAUGUCUUCGGCUCAUGGUACAGAGGUCAUGAGAUCGCCCGACGUGGCGGCAUCUUCUAUACAGGUCUAUCACUCGGCACUCUCACUGCUGGCCUCAUACAGGCCGGCGCUUCAGCCCGUCUUGAAGGUGUCAAUGGUCUUGCAGGCUGGAGGUGGAUGUACAUCAUCUGCGCUCUUAUCACCAUUCCCGUUGGUAUCCUUGGAUACUUCAUGAUCCCUGGCACUGUCGAUCAGCCAAACAAAUGGAUCUUGAAGGACUCAGACGUCGCCAUUGCCCGCAAACGUCUCGAGAGAGCUGGCCACAAGACGAACGGAAAGCUGAAGCUCAGGAACUUCAGAAGCAUUGUUUCGAAGCCUCAAUUCUGGACAGUCAUCCUCGUCGAUGUGCUCUUUUGGCAAGCUGGCACACACAUAUCUACUGGUGGCUUCCUACUCUGGAUCAAGUCGUUGGGAAGAUACACUAAAGCACACAUCAACGAGCUUGGCACAGUGGCACCGGCUCUUGGCAUCUUCUACACUCUGUUCGCUUGCUUCAUGUCGGAUCUGUUGAUCGGUCCAGCGUGGGCGAUCACCAUGGCGUCAAGCUGGAACGCACUCGGCUUGUUGAUCUUGACGAUCUGGAAUGUGCCAGAGUCUGCCAAAUGGUUCGCAUUCUGCACGGCAUAUUCUGCGAAUGCAUUGUCGAGCGUCUUCCACGGUUGGGUAAACAACUUACUGAAGGACUCACCAGAGGAGAGGUCUUUUACGCUGGUUUUGAUCAAUGCGAUCAGCCAGUCUUCGACCGCGUGGACGCCCCUGCUAGUGUUCCCAACCACGGAGGCACCAAGGUAUCCAAAAGGCUUUGCAUUCUGCUUGUCUAUGGCGCUUGCACUCAUACCUGCCAGUUGGGGUUUGCAUUGGUAUCUCAGAACUAAGGCGCAGUCGAAGCCUGUUGCCGAGAUCGAAGGCGCGCAUGGCGAACUAGUCAAAUUGGCUGACGGUGGUAAGGCACUUGUUGAUGUCGUUGACAUCGGUUCCGCCACGCCGAUUAGUGAGUCUGGGGAGAGGAUCUCCGGUCAUGGGGCGAAAGGCAAGUGA